CCGUCAGUGUUUCUCUCUCACGUUGGCGUUUCUCUCCCUCUCUUUUCCUCCCUUUCCCUCUGUCUGAAAUCAAUAAGCAUAUUCUCAGGUGAGGCUAAAAAUAAAAAAGUACUGUCAGCUUUAAUUUAAACUUGCUUGGCUUUUGUCCAAGUUGCUAGAACCUUAGUACUUUUUCAAAAAACUUUGUUUAACUUCCUCGUUUUCUGACCUUUCGUUAAAAUCAAAAGGUCAAUCCUUUGAAAAAUAAGUACAAUUUAUUAAAUAAGCAACUGCAGUUAUUUUUGUAUAUACUUUUAAAGACCUUAUUCAAUUAAAAACAAUAGCUAAACUAACUUUUUUAGUUGAAGAGUUUGCCACUCUGCCUAAAUUCACACAAGGGCUAUAGCGUUUCAGAUUUUGGCACAUCUUAAAAGUCUACUAAAGUGGUGUUUAAACUACGCUUUAUUCAGAGGUUUUUAAAAUUUAUUUGUGUCCAUAUUUGUGCCACCACUAAGGUAAAUAAAAACCAUUUGACUUACAGACACAUUUACACAUAGAGAAAUCAUCUAAAAUACUGGAUCUCAAACUUGUUCAAGUGGCAGAGUACCAAUUGUGUCCUUGCAAAUUUAACUAGUUGUGAUUUCUGCAUUCUAAAGGAAAAAUAGGCUUGGUUGCAGUACAGCUACACUCUAGACUACUUCUGAUAGUGUAUAUCAUCUUUGGACUUUGCAGACCUCCUCUGUUUCUUCCCUCACUAUCUGUAAGGUUGGUGUGGAAACUAAAACAACACAUAUUUUGACUGAGGCUUUGAUCAAGCAAAUGCAAAAAAGCCACAUCACUAAGAUCCCUAACAGUCAUUUCUCAGCGAUUAUAUAGUCAACUGAUGUAACAAUGGUCCUAAUAUUGGGACGAAGACUAAACAGAGAGGAUCUCGGGGUGCGUGAUUCCCCAGCAACGAAGCGUAAAGUUUUUGAAAUGGACCCAAAAUCUCUGACAGGCCAUGAGUUUUUUGACUUCUCUUCAGGAUCAUCCCAUGCUGAAAAUAUACUCCAAAUAUUUAAUGAAUUCCGAGACAGCCGCUUAUUCACAGAUGUUAUCAUUUGUGUGGAAGGAAAAGAAUUUCCUUGCCAUAGAGCUGUUCUCUCAGCCUGUAGUAGCUACUUCAGAGCUAUGUUUUGUAAUGACCACAGGGAAAGCCGAGAAAUGCUGGUUGAAAUCAAUGGUAUUUUAGCUGAAGCUAUGGAAUGUUUUUUGCAGUAUGUUUAUACUGGAAAGGUGAAGAUCACUACAGAAAAUGUGCAGUAUCUCUUUGAAACAUCAAGCCUCUUUCAGAUCAGUGUUCUCCGUGAUGCAUGUGCCAAGUUCUUGGAGGAGCAACUUGAUCCUUGUAAUUGCUUAGGAAUCCAGCGCUUUGCCGACACCCAUUCACUCAAAACACUCUUCACAAAAUGCAAGAAUUUUGCAUUACAGACUUUUGAGGAUGUGUCCCAACAUGAAGAAUUUCUUGAGCUUGACAAAGAUGAACUUAUUGACUAUAUUUGUAGUGACGAACUUGUUAUUAGUAAAGAGGAGAUGGUUUUUGAAGCCGUCAUGCGUUGGGUCUACCAUGCAGUUGACCUGAGGAGACCACUAUUACAUGAGCUCUUGACACAUGUGAGACUCCCUCUGUUGCAUCCCAACUACUUUGUUCAAACAGUUGAGGUGGACCAGUUGAUCCAGAAUUCUCCGGAGUGUUAUCAGUUGUUGCAUGAAGCAAGACGGUACCACAUACUUGGCAAUGAAAUGAUGUCCCCAAGGACUAGACCCCGAAGGUCAACUGGCUAUUCAGAGGUGAUAGUGGUCGUUGGAGGCUGUGAGCGAGUCGGAGGAUUUAAUCUUCCGUACACCGAGUGCUACGAUCCUGUGACAGGGGAAUGGAAGUCUUUGGCUAAGCUUCCAGAAUUUACCAAAUCAGAGUAUGCAGUCUGUGCUCUAAGGAAUGACAUUCUUGUUUCAGGUGGAAGAAUCAAUGGCCGCGAUGUCUGGAUUUAUAAUUCACAGUUAAAUAUUUGGAUCAGAGUUGCUUCUCUCAAUAAAGGCAGAUGGCGUCACAAAAUGGCUGUCCUCCUUGGUAAAGUGUAUGUUGUUGGAGGCUAUGAUGGGCAGAACAGACUUAGCAGCGUCGAAUGUUAUGAUUCCUUUUCAAAUCGAUGGACUGAGGUUGCUCCCCUUAAGGAAGCAGUGAGUUCUCCUGCUGUGACUAGCUGUGUGGGCAAAUUGUUUGUGAUUGGUGGAGGACCUGAUGAUAAUACCUGUUCUGAUAAGGUUCAAUCUUACGAUCCAGAAACCAACUCUUGGUUACUUCGUGCAGCUAUUCCAAUUGCUAAGAGGUGUAUAACAGCUGUAUCCUUAAACAACCUGAUAUAUGUUGCUGGUGGACUGACCAAGGCAAUAUACUGUUACGAUCCAGUUGAAGAUUACUGGAUGCAUGUACAGAAUACAUUCAGCCGGCAGGAAAACUGUGGUAUGUCUGUGUGCAAUGGUAAAAUAUAUAUCCUGGGUGGAAGACGGGAAAAUGGAGAAGCCACGGACACUAUUCUCUGUUAUGAUCCUGCGACGAGCAUCAUCACAGGGGUGGCCGCGAUGCCCAGGCCAGUGUCCUAUCACGGCUGCGUGACUAUCCACAGAUACAAUGAGAAAGGCUUUAAGCUCUAAAGCCAGGAUGCUUCACCCAAGAAGCCACACCAAUCCAAGAUGAGAUGAUUUAAAAGAUCCAGAGUAGGAACUUGGCAUAUCUCCUUUGUGUCAUAUGCACAAAAAGCAAAAAUAAUACUUGUGGUGCCUUUCUCCCCAAAAUAUCAACCUUUCAAACUGUAAUAAAUCCUUUCCUGUUAUUGGAAAGCAAAAAAGGUUUUGGUUGUUAUCAAAGGUAGUAGUGAUAUUGCUUGGGCUUUAAAUGUAAUGUACCUUUGUAAAUAUUUGUGAGAAACCUAUGAGGAAUAGGAAAGAAUGUCUGCCUGUAUACCUUGUAGGGAUUUGUGAGUGGUCUCUUCAUUUAUGGAUGUCUAUCUGCAAGACUGUAUAUUCCUUAUUUUGUCAUAUGUGCCUAUAGAAAAGUUCACGACUUAAGGCUUCAUUUAGGUUGAAUCACAUAAUGCUUAGAAUGUGUUCUAAGAAGGAAAAAUCAGUUUUAAAAACCUUUGUCACUAAAAAUAUAUCCAAACUGAUUAACUUUAUCGAAAGGGUUUUUUUUUUUGCUAUAAUUGAUAAAAAUGUGAUGACAGCAAUUUGAGUAAAUGCUGAAUUACUACUCCAUUCUUAGAACUGCUGCAUUAUAUUAAACAUUUUUGAGAAAAGGUUGGGAAGGAGGUAGAGAAGCAGAUGCCGAUAAAAUAACAGGUUAGUUCCUAAGAGAAAAGUUAUUUAAGAUCUGUUGCAGGGAAAAUGACUCACUGUGGCUCUCAAAGUAUUUGCAUAUCAUCUCUAAAUCCUCUAAGGAAGUUCCUUUUCGUGAACCUGGGCAAAGGAGUUGAAAUCCAUUUUGCAAUAUUACCUUGUGAAAAACAGGGACAGACUUUCUCCCUAGCCCAGGAGGGUUUGACCUCAUUAACAUGGUGCUUUGGGUGAGGACCUCUUCCCUGGUUGUCCUACUUUCAUGUGAACAGCUAAAAUUCCUGGGAGUCUCUACUGUUAAGUUGCCUUUAAAGGAUAAACCAGGGACUAACUAGCUCAAUGGGUCCAUUUUUCUUUUAAAAGUAACUGUCUGAAUAAACUAACAGCAGUAGUUAAAGUCUUCUAAGAGAAAUCUCUCAUUUGGUACCAUGGAUCAACAUUCUCAAGCUCCUGUACAACAAAUUGCCUUUUCUAGAUUUUUCAACUCCAGUUUAUAGAACUUACUAGUUCUCAGACAUGAAUUUAAAGGUUUUUUUCCUUCAGCAAAUGGAGUAGCAGGACCUGCUGCAUAAGUGACUGUUAUAUCUGAGUGGACUGAUACAAUUUACAACAUUUUAGGGCUAUUCCAGAUAGCCUGCUAUAUAUUUCAACUUCCUGGGCACUAUUGACAUCUCACAUUAUAAUUAAUAUACUCCUUGUCAUAGGAGAGGUGAUGCAAAUAUGUGAUUAUAGUAUCAUCACAGAUCUGUUGAAGUCAAGAUAGUACUCAAAAACUUAACAUGGAUGAACUUUUUAAUCCUAGAAUGAUAGAAGAUUUCAAGUAAACUAUACGGCAUCAGCUUGAACCCUUAGCUGGGAUACUUGGUUGGAAUCUGAAUUCUGAGGAAAACUACAAAAAUUUACAAAUUUUUAGGGAAUUUUUACUUUUCAGAUCAUAAUUUUUAAUGUUAUAUACCUUUAUGUAAUAACUAUCAGAGCAAUUCUGAAAACAAUUUUCUGUCACUUUAGUUGAAAGACCAUUAGAUGUAUAACUAGGAUACUUGUAUUAGUUUUUGAGAAAGCAUCUACUUUUGCAUUAUACCUUUUGCGUAGGACCUAUUUAGUUUAGAAAUUCUUUUCGGUAAAUGAGACAAUGUAUGAGAAAAGUGUAAAUGCUUAGGGUUAUACAAAUGAUACUUGUUACUUUAUGUUUAUUUGUAAGAUCAUGCCUGUUCAUAAAACAGACAUUUCACAUAAAAAAUAUUUUCUCAAGGUAACUUGUAUUCUAGUAGUUUUGUCUAUUGUAAAAGUACAUUAACUAUUGUAUUUUGUUAUUCAUUUAUUUUUAAUAUCCAUGUGUUCAUUGUAGUAAUUUGAAAUGAAAUUCAAUAGAACAGAAUUUGUUUAAACAUAGACCUCAUACCAAUAUUGUUUCAUUUUUUUCUCUACAUAAUUUAAAAAUUAAGUUGGCCACCAAGAACUUGGCUUGAAUACUAGGAAAUUAAAGAACUACUUUUUAAGUUACACAAAUGAUAUUUUAAUUUCCUUUCAUUAUUUAUCUUCCUUUAUUCAUUUUUGGUAAAUAAUGAUGUUGUUGUUGAUAAAAUAGAAAAGAAUUUUAGGAUACAAUUAGUAUCAAAAGGGUUCUAUCAGCCAACUUGGUGUCAGAUUAUAUUCGUACUGUCAUCACAUAGUUGACAGGUUUUUCUUUUGAUAGGUCAUGCUCACAGAAGCCUUUGGCUUAGUGUGUAUGUAUGUGCUUGUGUGCAUAUGUAGGUAGGUAGUAUGCUCACGUACACACCUGUAUAGACACCAAGAAUUGUAUCCAUUUGUAAUGAUCAGAAAAAAAGCACGUGAGUUAAAAAUUAAUUCACCUUAUUAAAUUCAAUUUCAAAAAAUUUAUUUGGGCAUUUCUAGAAUACUUUUUUACACUUGAAAGUACAUGAUGAGUAUUAGUAUGAUGACUUGUAUUCAGUCAGAAUCUAUAUAUCAUACAUACAGUUUUACGAGGUCAGAAAACAAAUUGGAGGUGGAGAUGACUUGCUAAACCUACUCAGUGGAAAGGGACUAGAAGGCUGUGUUUUGUGGAUCAACAGAAAAGUAGUUUCUUCUUUCAUGAACUUUCAUCCUUCUCCUUGUGUUCUUGUAUGUGAGUGACCUAUUGAGUGGCCUAACUGUCGCCACCGAAGACCUUCCUCUUCUGCUCUGAUCUUCCCCUGACUUCACUGCAGAGGUCUGACAUGGUAGCCUAUUGGAUUUUAAGUAACUUUUUUUUCCCAGGUGACUGAAAUGUAGGUAUUUACUCCAUUUAAAGCAGGCGUUAAGAAAAAUGAUGUAAAUACUCAGGGAAGGUAUUAAGUUAUUUUGCUUACUUGGGGGGGGGGCAGUUUAAAGUGUCAUAACUUAGUAACCUUCAGUUCAUGAUUUUAGAGUAAAUUUAAUUGGUAAAGACUUCACACAUGGCAGUGGUUGAACAUUCAUUCUUUUAUAUUUAGGAAGAUGAAAAUGUUUUGUGGACUGAUACAUUUUCUCUUAGUGAAUAUGAAUUGUUUAUGUAUCUCUACUGUCAAACACCCUUUUUGAAACUCAGGAAAGACAAAGGUUCAAUUAUACUACUUUUGUCAAUAUGCAAACCAGGUGUGUUUUGUUUUCUUCCUGUUGUCUGGAUAUGGCAAUAGACUUUUUAAUUGCUGUGAGAACCCAUACAUGAGAAAGGGAGGAGUUGAAUCGUUUGUGUGUGCCCGUUGUGUCUUGAGAUUUAAAUGUGGAAAGGACAUCUACUCCAGACUGUAUUUUCAAAGAGGAAAGAUUGCUGUUUACGUGGUGCCAAGUGUUAAGAUAACGUCUAUUAAAGGCUUCCUAUGGACUGCCUUUAUUUUAGUAAACUCAAGACACCAUUUAACCUCAACAUAAUUUUGGCCUUAUUAGAAUUUGUUGUGUGUUAUAUUGAAAGGCAGGUUUACAUCACCUCACUCCAUUAUUCUUUUUAGUUAAAUAUAUUCACUAUAACAUGUAACCAGGAUGAGGCAAUUUGGUUGACCUUUAAGGCAGUAGGUUUGAGCAGCUAGCUAUACGUACUGUCCUGUCUAAUGCUAGACACCCGAAACCACUUGAGCCAGGAGUGUGCAUUGAUAAUUCCAGAGACACUUUCAACGUACUUCAAACAUUGGAAUGUUUUACAUUUGUGUGAUUGACUUAAAUUUACUUAGUGCUAAAGAUCAUCAUAAAUAAUUUUUUAAAUAGCAAUAGUCAUAACUUAUUUUAUAUAUUGUCCCAAAGAAAAGAAUUUUAAUUGUUUUAAAAAGAACGGCAUCUGAAUUUGUGCCUUACAUUCUCUAGUGCUAUUUCAACUUUUUCAAUCUAAAUAAAACUUACCUUAGAAAAGUUUCAUAACUUGUUUCCUUUUGAGUAAAUAAACAUCUUAAUUUUUCAUUUCAGUCCUUAAAUUUUUUAAUUAGCAUCAACUGGGUGGUUGCUUGGCCGAAUGAGAAUGUGAAGAAAAGUUGUUGGCCUUUGGAGUUUUAUUAUUUAGAUUUUUUGUUGAGGCUGGUUUUUUUUGGUGGGGGUGGGUUGGUGCUUUUUAAGAUAUUCAGAAAAACAUCCAUCUUACAUUGAUUAAUAAGGUAAACAUCACUUGCAUUAUCUACAUUUAAUG